AUGGAGCCAGCACUACCUCUUCCCCUGCGCCUGGACGUGUCCCAUGCCUCGGUACCCACAGAGCAUGCCGCAGUCUCAGACGCCAUCUCGCACUUCCUCACAUCCUACGCCGCCCGCACUGGCACAUGCAACGCCGCCUCCUCCUCCGCGGACGACACCGCGACCGGCUCCACCGGCGGUGUGGUCGCAGCGCAGCUCACGCGCCUCAUGAACGGUCUCGCCGGCAAGAUCGACUAUGACGCUUUCACGCUACUCACCUCCUCCGCAGCGGUCGUGGCCGAGGACGACGACGAGCCGAUGAACGAGGAAGAAGAGACCCCCGCCGAAGUGCUCGAUUCCAACCCCCCAGAUGGAGACACAGGCGAUGGCAUUGGCACAGAAAGCUUCUCCAAAGCGCAGGAGGUGGUUGACGGAAGCACACCAAACAUUGAUUCCAGCUUGAGGAGCGAUCCCAUGGACGAGAGCCCGCGUAAGAAGGACAAGAAGGAUAAGAAGGACAAGAAGGAGAGGAAGGAGAGGAAAGAGAAGAAGUUGAAGAAGGAGUCCACCGCAUAA